UUUCCGCUCCCAGAGUUCCCGCCCGCGAUUCAAACAGGAGAAAUGGCGCGGGCGUCUGUGUUGGUGGUCCCUUCCCCUCCGAGGGACGUGGAGACAGUGGCCGGGGCGGACGACGGGGCUUCGGUCGCCGCCACCUCCCGAGAGGACUUCCGGGUGCGCUGCACCUCGAAGCGGGCCGUGACGGAAAUGCUAGAACUGUGUGGCCGCGUUGUGGAAAAGCUUGGGGACGCGCUGCCAGAGGAGAUUCGGGAGCCUGCGCUGCGAGAUGUGCAGUGGACCUUUGAAUCAGCUGUGCAAGAGAAUGUCAGCAUUAAUGGGCAAGCAUGGCAGGAAGCUUCAGAUAGUUUUAUGGAUUCUGAUAUCAAAGUACUUGAAGAUCAGUUUGAUGAAAUCAUAGUAGAUAUAGCCACAAAACGUAAGCAGUAUCCCAGAAAGAUCCUUGAAUGUGUCAUCAAAACCAUAAAAGCGAAACAAGAAGUUCUGAAGCAGUACCACCCUGUUGUACAUCCAUUGGACCUAAAAUAUGACCCUGAUCCAGCCUCUCGUGUGGAAAAUUUGAAAUGCAGAGGAGAAACAAUAGCUAAAGAGAUCAGUGAAGCCAUGAAGUAUUUACCCCAAAACAGCAAGAGUAAGAGAAACACACACUCGUCUUCUGAAGAAACCAAGAGGUAUGUUGCCCAGACCAUAGCAUAUGAAGAAGGAAUGUGUAUGGAGGAAAGAGUAAUGAAUUAGCAGGUCAGAGGAAGAUCAAGUCUAAGUGUCUGCAGAGAGAGACAUUGGUAAGAGAAAUUUGCCAAUUUGCUCCCAGAAUUUCUAGAACACUGAAGAAUGGAGGACACUGCAAAAGUCUGAGAUGAGAUAGAGGAACCUAAAAAUGAGAUCAUGUCCCCCCUCCACUCACUGUCAGUAAUUGCCUCUGCCAAAGGAACUUACUUUCUGGAGAAAAUUGAAAUAAAGAGUCCCUGGACAGUAAGGGUGAAACUCAGGGGGGAAAAAAAAGGUCAGAAUAAAAUGUUCCAUUGGAAUGGUAAGACUUGGAAGUUCCAGAAUACUAGCAGUUUGGCUCAUGUAUCUUAGACAAUCCUGUAGAGAAAUUGAACAACCUAUACAGAUAGUGGUAUUUGGAGAUCCCAAACCACAUGUCCAACUGACCACUCCAGUAACCCUACUGUAGCGCCAUUUAGUGCCUAAGUCCCACUUACCUAGAACUUCCAGAAGCAUUUUUGUAUUUCACUUUCAAAAGUAAGUGGACAUAAUAAAAAACUGGAAGCAACCCAAAUAUCCAUCAGUAGUAGAAUGAAAAAAUAAAUUAUAGCAUAUACUUAUAAUGAAACCCAACACAAUUUUUUUUAAUGAAUUACUGAUAUACACACAACAUGGAUGAAUCUCAAAGACAUUAUGUUGCAUAAAAGAAGCCAGGCACAGAAGAGUGCAUACGGUGUAUGAAAUCAGAAUAGGCAAAACUAAUCUAUGGUGGUUAUGCAUGGGGAGAGGGGAGAUAUUAAUUGGGAAUAACCACUAGGAAUUCUUUUAGGUGAAGGAAAUGUCCUAGAUCUUGCUCUGAGUGUUGUUCACAUGGCUGUAUACAUAUGUGUAACUAUUUAGCUAUACACUUAUUUAUGCAUUUUAUAUAAGUUUUAAAAAAUAAUAAAUAUACAAAUUGAGAUUCACCAGACAUUUGAGGAAAGUCUAAAUGCAGAGACCAAAGACUGAGUCCCAUAAAGGCAGUAAUCUUUGUUCUGAUGUAUCCCAAGCACCUGGAAAAGUACCUGGCAUAUGAUAGUUUCUCAAUGCAUAUUGAUUAACUGAAUGAAUGAAAACAAGAACACAAAAACCAAAGAGAAAAUAGGACCUCAGAAAAGCCAGAGAUAAAUACAAAACAAAGUUCCAGAAUAAUUGCUAUCCUCCCAGAGGUAACAAGAUAUUCCAUUCAUUAAAAAAAAAAAAAAAAAAAAGUUCUCAAUAUUCCAUUCAUUUAAAAAAAAUUCUUGAAAAUUAAAGGUGUAAAAGUUGAAAGAAUUUCGGUGUGAAGGCUGGAAGAUAAUAAUGAAAUUUUCCCAAAAGUAGAACCAGAUUAAGAGAUGACAAUUUAGAAAAAAUAA